UUAGUUUUUAUACACUACGCAUAGCAGUUAUGUGAGUGCAGUCGAGUUACCGGAUUCUUGUCGUGUUUUUAUUUUUUAUUUUUGUAUACGUCACAAAAAUUUAUUUCACGUAUUUGGUACAUAUGAGUAGUGUAAAUUCAACAUUUUUUAAUCGAGUGACUUUGUUUGAUCACCAAUAUCAUGUAACUUUUAAAAAAUAACUUGGCAAUCAAUUUAGCUACAUAAAGAAACUUCAAGCCACAAUUAUGUCGGUGGACACUAAGUGUCAGCUGAGUAUCGUAGAUAUGUUGCUUAAUGAUUCUGGGGUGCUGGACGAAUUUGAAAAGAGUCCAGCUGCUAUUGAUGUUGAAUCAUUUCUUGUUCUACAGAAGUUGAACUGGGACAUAGAGAAUGACAAUUUUCUUGACUCAUUAUUAAAAAUGGAAGACGAUUCUGCACCAUUUGAAUUUUUAUCUAGCAAUGAUGACUUUAUGUCAAGUGCGGCUACCACACCCACAUAUGACAAUGCCGAGAGUAGCUCAUGUUCUGAUAGUGGUCUAUCAUCUGUGGACCAUAUGCCAUUUGUUCCAACACCUGAAACAUCCAAAUCUAAUAUUGUUGAUAAUAAGUUGGAAUUUACUUAUGAAUCAUUUGUAAAAGAAGAAAUAAUUGAUGUAGACGAAGAUGAAAGCAUUGAGAAUAAUCAGAAUAUGGCCAAAAAUACUCAUAAAAUAGUUCACCAACCACAACUAUUUAAAACUACUCCUCGUACAGUAGUUAUUUCACCAAAACAAUCUAAAGGACCUAUUGCUAUAUCCAAGCAACUUUCAAAACCAGUUUUUAUACCAAUUAAUUUAUCCAACGUUAAAACAAUAAAAGUUGUUAAUCAAAACGGAAAAACAAUAAAUGCUGAUGCAUUUAGGCGUAUACAGACCAUUAAUCAUGGUAGAAGAAUAUUUGUUAGAAAUAAUGGUUCAAUUGUUUCAAAACCUAUACCUAUUUUAAAACAAAAUAAGGUCAUUGUGUCAGAUUGUACUAGUGAUGAGUCUGAUUCUAUGUAUCCUCGGCUUCAUUUAACAAAUGAAGAAAGAAAAUUAAUGGAAAAAGAAGGAGUUAAGUUGCCGUCUCAUUAUCCUCUUACUAAACAUGAAGAAAGAGAUUUAAAGCGCAUACGCAGAAAAAUUCGAAAUAAAAUUUCUGCUCAAGAUUCAAGAAAAAGAAAGAAGGAGUAUGUUGAUGGUCUUGAAGAAAGGGUUAAACAAUGUUCUGAAGAAAAUAGCCAGCUAAUGAAAAAUGUUCAUGCUUUGCAGACUGAAAAUGAACGUUUGAAAGCUGCAUUAAAAAGAUUACAAAAUGUGAUUGCCCCAAGUGGUACUACAGCUCAACCAGCUACUUGUUUACUAGUGUUAAUGAUGUCACUAGCAUUAAUUGCUGCUCCUAAUUUAAGAUCAUCUAUAACUGAGGAUAAAGAUGUAAUCUCUUUAGAUGGUCAAGAAUCAAGUGCAGCUGUUCCAGGACGUUCUAGAAACUUAUUAUUUUCUAAAUCAGGCACACCAUUAAGCUCUGAUAUGAAUGAUGUAUUAGCAAUGGUAGCUAAUGGUUCAGCUGAUGGACAACGAGAUCCUUUAAUGGCUGAACUUGGGGAGUUAUUAGACUUCAAUAGUUUAGUAUCUAAAAAAGAUCAUGAUUAUUCUAGAAUAUCUGUUAUGGAAGAUUAUUACAUUCCUGAAUCUGAUGAUGGUUGGGAUAAAGCUGUAAAACGCUCUGCUCCGUCUGAGUGGAUUGAUGAGCUAUCAACACCAGCUGUGAAAAGCAGACGAGAGGCAGAGCGAGUAAUUCUCGUUUCCAGUGAUGAAGAAUCUUAUUAAAAAAAUUUAAAUGGUGAGCGCAACAAGAGUAUUUUGGGUAUGAUGUAAUACCACUAGUCAGGAGGUACUGUUGCUCUCUAGUGGUACUAUAACGUAAUUCUUUUCUACUAUAAUUUGUUAAGUUAAUGUAAUGUAUGCAUUAACAUAAGGCUUCUUCUUGGUAUUGAAUAUGUAUGUUAAUUUUUAGAAAAAUUUUAUUUAAAUUCACCAACACAAUCGCUUUUUGAACUAUUAUUAAUUGAUAUUUUUACUAUAUGUAUUUAGUUUAGUGCUUGUAAUUAGGUAAUGGGACAUGUAUACAAUAUUAGUUAAUUUUAUUAUUUUAAAAAUUGUGAUUAUUAAUGUUGGUAUUUUUUAAAUUCUUUUUUUUUCUAAAUAUAUUGUGUAACCUUUUGUUGCGUAAAUCAAAUUACA